AUGGUUGGACAAGACUUAACUGUACGGGCUCUAGCAGAGCGUUAUCAACAUUCAACUGACACCGUCAAUAGGAAGAUUGAUGAGGUACUGAGCUCUAUCUUGAAACUUGCAGCAGAUAUUGUGAAGCCGGCAAGGAAUGAGUUUGAAACUGCUAGUCCUUUUCUAGUUGAUAAUCCAGUGUAUUGGCCUUACUUUAGAAACUGCAUAGGUGCUUUAGAUGGCACUCAUAUUCAUGUUCUUCCACCAUCUGGAAAUGUUGAGGCAUUUAGAGGUAGAAAAGCUGAAGCAACCAUGAAUGUGUUAGCCAUCUGCAAUUUCAGCAUGCGAUUCAUAUACGCUUAUGUUGGAGUUUCUGGGAGAGCACAUGACACUAAGGUGCUAACAUACUGCGCUACUGAAGAAGCUUCUUUUCCUCUCCCACCAGCUGGAAAUUACUAUUUGGUCGAUUCAGGUUACCCAACCAGAUAUGGCUACUUAGGUCCUCAUCGCAGAACUAGAUACCAUAUAGAUCAGUUUAGUAGAGGAGGUCCACCGUCAAACAGUAGGGAGUUGUUUAACCGCAAACAUUCUGGCUUGAGAGCGAUCAUUGAGAGGACUUUUGGUGUGUGGAAAGCUAAAUGGAGGAUUCUAGACAGAAAACACCCCAAGUAUGAGCUGAAGAAAUGUGUUACGAUUGUGACAGCAACAAUGGCUCUCCAUAACUACAGUCGAGAUUCACAUCAUGAAGAUUCCGAGUUUUCACAUUGGGAGGCAAUGGAAUCAUAUGAACAAUAUGAUGAGCAUGUUCAAUACAUACCAGCAGGUGAUAGAGUUAUGGAGCGUACGCGUGACUCUAUUACUCUAGAGAUGGCAAGAGGAACUAGACUUCCACAUUAG